CCGUCUAUUACAACCACUUACCACGUCUGAACGAUAUGUACGAUGCUCAGUUCUCUGUCAGGGCUUCUCUGUUUUGGCGAUGGACUCGAUCUCGCUCGGUUCAUGGCUUACGGCAAAAUUGGACCGACGGGAAUCAUGAUCAUGCUCUCGCUUCUUCUCUCAUUCGGGCCACCCUCGAACACUACUGCUGCAUGGUGAGCAACCCGAGUUGAGUUCGAACCAUGAUUAACGAACGAUUCUUCUCGGCAGAUAUGGCUGAACUGGGGCUAAUUAGAUCCAGCUUUUGUACUUGCGGGCAUGUAAAUUUGCUUGAGCUUGGGCUCGGGCUUCGAAUCUCAUAUUCUCUCCUUGUGAUCACUGUUGCGCAUGAGCAGAAAGUGUGUGCGCAUCAUCCUCUUCCUCCGAGUGCAAUCUCGGAGCUGUGAAGCGAGCAGCUUUAAAGCUUCGGUACUCACCGGAAAGGUUCAGCAUCUAUGGCACCGGCAGAGCGUCGGUCUCUUGCUCCGAGUGCUUCUCGAAGCAGUCGCUCGAAGCCUUCGGUCUUCAAUCCGACACCAUCCUCUGCCUCUGCCUCUACCUCGGAAGCCAAUCCUUGCCACAAUCCCUUGCGUCUGUCCGAACGGACAGCAGCACUCCAAACUCUGACUCGAGGCUCGAGAAUCCUCUUCAGCUGUCGAGGCUCGACGAGUGGCCAAAAGUCCGACAUCCGCGACCUGAAGAGUCUCGGUGUUCACCACCACGACCGCACAGUGCUCGAUUCCACCUGCACCUGCACCUGCUCUGGAUGCCGGUGCUGUUUCUCGACGCUCGCCUCCUGAGCUCCUGUCCGAACUCGCACAAGAAUACAAAGGACGAGACGCCAAAUCGCCACAGUCCACAUCGAGCCAGCUUCCCAUCUCUGCGUCCAUCUCUGCGCUCCCCUGGGAAUCGCUCGAAGUUCGCAAUCCUGGCAGGGAACCUCUUUAUAUACCUGCCUUGCCCUCGGGGGCACAUGAGGCCCGGAUUCUAAUAUUCCAGAGGUUGUGGAAGUCCGCCAUAUCGGGAGAGGCCCCCAAAAGGACAAGUCAGAGAUGAAGCUCGGGGGCGGGGCCCGAUGAUGGUCCGAGAGGUACAGUACAAACGGGAAAUCAGGCCGCUCGAGAAUUCGGGGGAAGGCCCUCGUCCCUCCUCUCGUGGCUUCGACACGAAGCAAAAGCGAUCUUCUGGCAAGACUCUGUCUCGCGACACGAAGCAAAAGGGGAUCUCUAGAUCUGCGCUUUUGGCGAUCGCGCGUUCGGUCGAGUGCGAAGCGAGGGUUGUGGCUUUGAGGGUUCGCUCGCGAGGGUGGGGUUCCGCCAUUGUCGCUUCUGCCACGCGACGGACCUGGAUCGGUUCAUCGAUCGCAUUGAAGCCGUGCAUGCUGGUCAGGCCAGGUGGAUGGACCUCCUCUCGAAAAUCAGUCACGCUGUCAAGGAGUCGGAACUGAGGCCCGCCGAUCACAUCUACUGCUACCGCUCGGGCUCCAUCUCGAGUUAUGCCCAUCAUGGUAUCUAUAUCGGCGACGGCAAGGUGAUCCACUUUUUGGACAACAGUGAGGCUGCAGGAGGUAAUGGAGAAGGCCCGGGUUCAAUCUUCCGAGGUUUCUCAUCUUCGUCGGCUAGUACUAGCAAAUCUCGGUGUGAAGAAUGCGGAACGAAUAAGAAAGGAGGUGUGCAGAUGACUUGUCUGAAUUGUUUCCUCAAAGGGGAUAGCCUACGUCUCUUCUUCUAUGGGGUUUCGAAAGCUGAAUUGGCUUUGAGCCUCAGAGGAGGCUGUAGUGGAAUGAAAGCUGAAGAACCUGAACAAGUACUCCACCGAGCAAAUUACCUGCUGAGAACCGAUGGGUUCGGAACGUAUAACUUGCAAACUCAUAAUUGUGAGGACUUCGCAAUAUAUUGCAAGACUGGCAUCAUCGACCUCAAGAAUGGGACGAGCAAGCAGGUGGAGUUGGUGCGACAAGUCGGUAAGUUCGGCGCACAAUUUCUAGGGAAGAAAUCCUCUAACCUGAUUGGCGUAUUCCAAAAGCUGAAAACUCAUUUAGUUGACGAGAGAUGGGAAAGAGAUAGCGUUGGAUGUCAUAUCGCAGUGGAGGAACUGGUCAAGAUGUACACUCGAGGCAUAAGGUAACCAUGGCGUGCGGCGAAGUUUUUACCCUGGACAGGACAGGACAGGUCGAGCCUUGCGUGACCACUAUCAUGGCUAGUGAUCAAUAACAGUAGACUAUUGUCUCGUGCAAGUGCCUAGUACUCUUUGAAAACAAGAUGGUGGUUGUGGUUGUGGAUGCGGAUUAUGCUGGUGCGUCCAAAUCCACAGGCCGCAAACGUAGAACCACUGAUUCCACAACUGUCAGAAAGCCGUAGUGUUCACCACCAGCAUCUUCUUACCCACAGAUGAUAACGGUUCUGUCAGUACUGCAGGAAUAAUGAAUGGGCAAACCACAUUCCUCCUCUGAUACUCAACGAUAGGAGCUGUCGGAAUACUUUUGAUUCUUCAUAUCCAGCAUAAAAGCUUGCAUUUUUCACCGAAUGGUGUCCAUUUUUUUCACACCAGACAUGUGUGAUGUACACUUCGACGCAGUGGAUAGGCUUCACUGCGGGACUAAACGACAGGAUACUCCAAGAGAGCCGAUCGUUUUCCACUUUUGUAAUACCAUGAACUCGUGAACCAUAAAAGUCUACUUUACGGGAAGAUUCUGACUGAGAUAUGUGGUGAAUGUGAGCCUAGCUAGGGCGAGCGAAGCAGACUC